AUGUGCUCGCCCAACGUUCACUUUCAACACUUUCUCGGCCAUCCUUCCUCCUCAUUCGGUCAGCUCGACAACAACAUCCUCAGCCUAGCUCAAGCCAGAUCGGCGGGUGUGUCCUCUCUGUCCGGCGCUUCCAACACAAACGCAUCCGUGGCUGCCUCCACCAGCGCACUGUUGAGCCACUCGAUCAACCACCAAUCUUCGGUCCUCUCCCUGGCUGUAGAUGAACGUCGCAAUCUGCUCUACUCGGGCUCACAGGAGGGUCACAUCAACGUAUGGGACCUUGCCGAAUUUCACUCCAUCGCGCAGCUUCAGGGACACACAGCAAGUGUACUUGCGCUCGAAGUGGCUCCCGAGAAGAACUGGCUGUUUAGCUCGUCUGGCGACAAUACUGUACGGGUAUGGGAUACUUUGACGAAUCUACCCCUCUUUCUGGUCCAUCCUGCUGAAGACGGUGUUGGCGACAUAUUUGCACUCAAGUGGUGUUCCACGCUAGAAACGCUCUACAUAGGAUGCCAGUCGACGUCGAUACAGUGGAUCUGUCUAGCAGGUUUCGACAAACAGAAUCACCGAGGCAGAGGUGGCAAUGGCAUCGUGAAUGAGUCUGAAGAGCGACAUACCAACGGCGAAUCUGGUGCACACGAGACUGGGCUAGAUAGUCCUCUUAUAUCCAGUCCAGACCUGGUGUCGCGACCGCACAAGUUCUUCGACUCGAUUCCCGUGGCGCUCAGCAGGUCCGGCUUGGGCAGCGCGGGCACAUCUACACCUACUCGCGCAACUGCAAGACCGUCUGCCGCGCCAAUGCAUAGCACUGUCAGAGUCCCUAUACUGCAGAAGACGCCAGUUCUUGUCGAAUCCGAGCAACCCGAUCAUACUCACGGAGUGCUCUCCACGCCAGGCGCGACAGAAAACGUUCUGCGUGCGGCUUCAAAGCGUCUAGACAGUACAGCCAUUGGCUCCACCGCAAACACAGCCGGCGAUGCUGGUGUCGACAAUGCGUCGGUAUCUGUACGCACUCUGCUUGUGCCACCUUCCUCUUCUGUUCCUUCCGCCCACUUUGGCUAUGUCUACUGCCUUACGCUUCUGACUCUCGAGGGAGAUACCGAACAUCCCACGGUGCUUGCAUCUGGCUCAGGCGAUGAGACCAUCAAGCUCUGGCAUGCGACCCGGUCUGGUCUCUUUUUACUCGCCACGCUCGAAAGCCCGAACGCCGACGGCAACGCCGUGCUCGCACUUGGUUCAUGGAAGACGACACUCUUUGCUGGAUUACAAGGCGGUGAAGUGGAGGUGUGGGAUCUGGAGACGUGCACACUGGUACGCACUAUCCGUGCGCAUACAGACGAUGUGAUCUGCCUCGAGACGUGCCCGGAAUCGGGGCUGCUCUUUACCGCUGGCGCUGACGGCAGAGUGCAUACCUGGAAUAGAUCCUUCAGAUGCAUCAGCAGACUGCAGGCACACGACGGUAUUGUGCUGUCGCUAGCCAAGGUGAGUGACACGCCAUCUGGCAAGACACGAGAAACUGCAGUUCGCAACCAAGCCCAAGGCGGUAUAAGUGCAAGUGGUCAGACAUCCAAAGUCGCGCAGCUCAUCACAGGCUCAAGUGACAAUUUAAUCAAGAUCUGGGACGUGGUUCCAAUCCAACCUUCAGCACCAUUUUCAUUGGCAAGACACGCAGCAGCAACAGCAGCAGAAACAGCCGCACUCGGAAGAGAUGCCGAACGGCUGUCUCUCAACAAUGCAACACCAUCGCUGAGCUCAACGCCGAUCGCCACCGCCAAUGCCAACGCAAACGCAAACGCAAACGCAGCUGCCAAUGUAGUCGGCCACGAAGCAACGUCCAUGCUCGCCUUGUCGUCUAGUGGAGCCAGUAGUGAGGUCGAAUCAGCGCAGUGGCCGCUCCUCCGUUCGCUCUUGCGCAAGUUCAUCUCGUAUCCCAGCAUCAGUUCGAGCGAAGAGCACCGAGAAGAUUGUCGACAAGCGGCUCACUUUCUCAAAAGCUGUUUUCAAGAACUUGGUGCUGAAGCGCGGAUCCUGCCAAAUUCGGUAGGAACAAACUGUUUGGUGCUUGCAACAUUCAAAGCGAACGCAUACAGAUCCAGACGACGGCGAACAGAAGCUGCCAAUCUGGACCGCUCCAGAAGCGCUUCGAGCUCGACGUCGACUUCGACGUUGAGUUCGACAUCGACUGGAUCGUCCGAGUCACAAUUUGACAGCGACAGGAACGCGCUUGAUGCAGACGACACGGAUGAAGGCGAGGGAUUGAGUGGCUCGAUUAUGUUUGAUCACCUGCAGGGUCGGGUCGAGGAAGCCCAAGAUACGGGCGACAAAGAUGGGCGUUGUCGUGCGUCACAACCGAGACAUGAGAAACGCUGCUUAUUCUACGGCCAUUACGACUGCAUUGCUGCCGAAGGGAACUGGACGUCUGAUCCUUUCACGCUAGAUGGACGUGAUGGCUACCUGUACGGACGUGGCGUAUCGGACAACAAGGGGCCUAUCUUGGCAGCUGCGUGUGCGGUACACCAUCUGCUCUCCACGCGCCGGCUGUAUUCCGACGUGGUCUUUCUGAUCGAAGGCGAGGAGGAAAAUGGCUCGGUUGGAUUUGUCGAGGCUGUGAGGAAGUACAAAACCGAGAUCGGCGAGAUCGACGUGAUUCUGCUAUCCAACUCGUACUGGUUGGACGAAGAGACUCCGUGUCUGACGAUUGGAUUGCGCGGUGUUGUGCGUGCGACGGUGAGCGUAACGAGCGGCGAUCGCGAUGUCCACUCGGGAGUGGAAGGUGGUGCUAUUCGCGAACCUAUGGUCGACAUGGUCAAACUGCUUGCACAACUGACAGGCCAAGGCGAGUCGGUGGCACUACCCGGGUUUUACGACUCUGUUCGACCCACCACCGAUCUCGAGAUAGAAGCGUACAAAGACAUUGUGCGCAUCAAGCAAUCGCACAAGACUGUGACGCAGAUGGACAGCGAAACAGUGGAAAGCUUGAUGGCCAAGUGGCGCAACCCGUCACUGUCAGUGCACAACAUCCGCGUUUCGGGGCCUGGCAACUCGACUGUGAUUCCAUCAUCGGUAUCUGCCCAAGUCUCACUGCGUCUCGUACCGGAGCAAGACCUGCCUACGAUCGAAGCAUCCUUGGUGCAACAUGUCAAUACCACAUUCGACCGGCUCUAUCCGACGCUGACACGGCCCAGCAUCAAGAACAAGGUGAGUGUCAGCGUCGAUCACCGAGCUGACUGGUGGCUUGGCUCGGAUUCGAGCAGCUUUUUCCAACUGUUGCGAGAAGCGGUCAAGCAGGAAUGGAAUGCAGAGCCCAUUUCAAUCCGCGAGGGUGGAAGUAUCCCAGCGAUCGCGAUCUUGGAGAAGGAGUUAGGAGCGGGCGCAGUGCAUCUCCCGAUGGGCCAGAGCAGCGAUAAUGCGCAUCUGCCAGACGAGAGGUUGCGACAGAGGAAUCUGGUCAAAGGUCAGAAUGUGAUCAGGAGGUUCAUUCAAGGUUUGUCAAGCAUUUAG